AUGAUUGCCAACAGGCUUCAGCCUUAUGAUAAAGGACAGAGAAGUGGAAACCAAACAGAGAGCCCGAGACCAGGUUUACUCCAGCUUUCGGACUAUCUCAUGACCAAUUAUUCCAAGGGAGUCCGCCCUGUACGAGACUGGAGGAGAACAACGACAGUGGCUAUUGAUGUCAUGGUGUAUGCAAUUCUAAAUGUGGAUGAGAAAAAUCAAGUUUUAACCACUUAUAUCUGGUACCGACAGAUCUGGACAGAUGAAUUCUUGAUGUGGAAUCCCGAGGACUUUGAUGACAUCAAGCAGAUAUCAAUUCCCACUGCAAACAUAUGGGUGCCAGACAUUUUAAUAAAUGAAUUUGUUGAUGUAGGUAAAUCACCUGAUAUCCCAUAUGUCUACGUUGACUAUGAAGGCCGUGUGAAAAACUACAAACCCAUCCAAGUAGUUACUGCCUGUAGCCUGGACAUCUACAACUUCCCGUUUGACGUACAGAACUGCACAUUCACUUUCACGAGUUGGCUACAUAACAUCCAAGACAUUAAUAUCUCCCUGUGGCGAUCUGCUGAACUUGUGAAAUACGACAGAAGCGUUUUCAUGAAUCAAGGUGAAUGGGAGCUUCUUUAUGUCGAUACCCAGUUCAAUGAGUUUAACCUUGAACGAGGAUUGUCUGCGGGCUAUGCAGAAAUGCGCUUUUUUCUUGUCAUUCGAAGACGUCCCUUGUUCUAUGCGGUUAGUUUGCUGUUGCCCAGUAUCUUCCUCAUGGUCAUGGAUAUCGUUGGGUUUUACUUGCCUCCGGACAGUGGAGAGAGAGUGUCAUUUAAAAUUACCCUUCUUCUGGGCUAUUCCGUUUUUCUCAUCAUUGUGUCUGAUACCCUUCCAGCCACAGCCAUUGGCACUCCUCUGAUAGGCGUAUACUUUGUGGUUUGCAUGGCUCUGCUGGUGAUCAGCCUGACUGAGACCAUUCUAAUAGUGCAACUGGUGCACAAACAGGACCUCCGUUCACACGUGCCAGAGUGGCUGAAGAGUCUGAUCCUGGACAAAGCCACAGUCUUGCUCUGUCUCCGCAACAAGACUCAGUUCCACUCCAUGCGUCAGCACAGUGAAACACCAGAAAAUGCCAGGGACAGAAAGGACAGCAUGGUGCAACUGAAUCACUUUGCCUGUGAGAAUGGGACAGACUGCGAAAAACCAGUUAGCUCUAGCUUACCUCAAACCGACACAAACCUCACUGUGGACAACAUUCUGCACGAGAUCUCAGCAAUUCGCCAAUUCCUGGAGAAGAGGGAUGAGUACAGAGAUAUCGCCAAAGAGUGGCUGCAAAUUGGGUACGUUUUGGACGUACUCCUCUUUCGUGUCUACCUAGUGGCUGUCCUGGCCUACGCAAUCAGCUUGGGUACUCUGUGGUCCAUUUGGCAGUACUCUUAA